AUGGCGACAGCUUCACCCACUUCGCUACUCGCCGCUCUCAACUGCAGAGACAACAUCCACCUCGUGAUCGGAACAAACCCUCUCGCAGCUACUCGAUGUGGCCAGUCACUCAAUGCUGGAGCGCGACCUAUCUUGAUUGCCCCUGAGGGUGCAGAGCUUCACUAUGCUCUGCAAAAGAGGAUAGAUGAGGGUCUUGUUCAGUGGCACAAGAAGACCUUUGAGGAUGCCGAUUUGCUGCGACUUGGUCGCGAGGAGGUUGACGGUGUUGUCGAUGCCGUCUUUGUUACUUCGGGGCCUCGAGAUCCCUCCAGUCUUCACAUCGCCGCCCUUUGCAAGCGAAACCGCAUCCCCGUAAACGUCGUCGACGCUCCCCAGCUCUGCACAUUCUCCCUCCUCUCAACACACUCGGACGGUCCCCUCCAGAUCGGCGUCACAACAAAUGGUCGCGGCUGUAAGCUAGCCUCGCGCAUCCGUCGUGACAUUGCUGCUUCUCUUCCCGCCGACCUCGGCGCAGCCUGCUCACGUCUAGGUGAUGUGCGCCGGCGCAUCCACCAGGAGGACGCACUCGGUGCUCAAGACGAUCCUGCCUCCCUCGAUGACUCUUUCGAUCAGACAGCUCAGUUUAACAAGCUCGUCACAGAUGAAGAUGCCAAGAAUAGAAGAGUGCGCUGGUUGAGCCAAGUUUGUGAAUAUUGGCCUCUUAAGCGACUGGCCGCCAUCACAGACGACGAUGUUGAGGUCAUCCUCAAGUCAUACCCCGGAAACGGCCUCGAUAUCAAGCGGGACCCCGGUACUCCGGAGAAGCGCAUCGGUACCAUCAUCCUGGCCGGCAGCGGACCCGGUCACCCAGACCUCCUCACCCAGGCCACUCACAAGGCCAUCAAGUCUGCCGACCUCAUCCUCGCCGACAAGCUCGUGCCUUCUGGUGUCCUCGAUCUUAUCCCUCGCCGUACUCCCGUUCAGAUUGCCCGCAAGUUCCCCGGCAACGCCGACCGUGCCCAAGAGGAGCUGCUCGAGAUGGCCCUUGCCGGCGUGCGCGAGGGCAAGACUGUCCUCCGCCUCAAGCAGGGCGAUCCUUACGUCUACGGCCGCGGUGGUGAGGAAGUGGCAUACUUCCGCCAGCAUGGUCUUGGUGAUCGCGUCUCUGUUCUCCCUGGUGUCACCAGUGCCCUGAGCGCACCCCUCUUUGCUGCUAUCCCUCCUACACAGCGCGAUGUCGCUGACCAAGUCCUCAUUUGCACUGGUACCGGAAAGAAGGGCAAGCCCCCUGCGCCACCAGAGUAUGUGGCUAGCCGUACCGUAGUCUUCCUGAUGGCUCUCCACCGCAUCAACGGUCUUAUCCGUGAACUCACCACUCACAUCGAGCUUGAGCCUCUUGCACCCGCCAAUGAAGAAGCCAGCAAGCGUACUCUCUGGCCGCGCAACACACCCUGUGCUGUCAUUGAGCGAGCCAGCUGUCCAGACCAGCGAGUCAUCCGAACAACACUCCAGCACGUCGCUGAAGCUAUUGAGACUGAGGGCAGUCGACCACCUGGUUUGUUGGUAGUCGGAAGAGCCUGCGAGGCCCUGUUCACGCCGGAAAAGGGCCGCGCCUGGGUUGUCGAGGAGGGAUUCAGGGGUAUGGAGCUGGAGGAUUUCACUGUUGGUCUUGAGGCAUUGCAAGCAUGA